AUGGCUUCAUGUGCAAACACCAGGGACAUACACGGCUAACAGCGGCAGACCAUGCCGCGCCCCAAUGCGUAUCGCAGUACAGAGCUCUGACAAAGUUCUUCGCACAGCGCAUGCUCAGUCUGAGGAUACAUCACGAACCCGAGCAUGCGUGUUUCGCAGGUGAGCUGUCAGAUUGA